AUGCAUCAGUUCACUAGACCUCUAGAUAUGAGGUAUGAUGUCAAGCAGCAGAGCUUCAAGAUCUCGGAGCCCUCCCAUAAAGUCCCCAUAACCUGCAUGUUUUUAUGUCAAUUUGAUGUAAAGAGGGGAAAUGUACUAAUGUGGUCAAAAAAUUCAUCCUCCGUCCCCAACGUUUCGCUGAAAAACAUUGAAUUCAAAAGCAUACCAUCUGGAAUUCACCAGGUUCAGAAAGAUGUAGUGAGUUUUAUCAUUCCGAAGCACAAUAAUUUCGAUGAGGUUUACUACGGGUUAUCAUGCUUUGAACAAAAUGGGCUGUCCUUAAGUGGUGAUACCGAUCAUGUUGACCGUAGCGAAGUGCAAAUGUUUUCACUUGGGGUCGUGGUUGAUGCAAAUUUUAGAUAUAGGGGUGUCUCCAAAUCGAAGUUUUAUGACUGGAAGCCUAAUCAAUUCAUUAGUGCUACUGAAUACAUUGAUGACAUUCAAGACCUUCUCUCUCACUGGCUUCGAAGAUUUUCCUCUUUUUCAUCACAGACGGGCUCAGAUUCUAUUUACGCAGAUUACGAUCUCUUUGAAACGUAUUUUGAAUCUAAUUGUGUGAAAUCCGAUACGCCAUCUUUGUCGUCGCCCGUUUUACGUCGUAGUUGGCAAAACUCAAGCAACUUUACUGGUACUUCAAAUUCAUUGCGAGAAAAAAGUCCGCAUAUGCUAGAGUCGCUUACGCAGUGGUUCAACUACUUAGGCCCUCUUAUAUUUCCGCUGUGGAAGGCUUCGUUGCUUCAAGAACGAAUAUUAAUUAUUGUUGGAAACGGCGUCUCGUUUGAAAAGUGCAAUUCGCUAGUAUACUGCUUGUCAAUACUAGCUUUAACUCCUCAUAGUUUAUCAGAUCACUUCAAGCAAGAACCAUUGCAGCCACUAUACACCAUCGGAAUCACCGACAUGGAUGCAUUGGCUCAACACGUAUCCAAAGCAAUGGCAGAAAACAGAGAUGAUUAUAAAAUCCCUGGAUUUGUUGCGUGUACAGCCGAUGAAAUUUUGGAGUAUCGUACAGAGCUUUAUGAUGUUUGUUUGAAAAUUAAUGGCAGUGAAUCCCUCCCCGAAAUAAGAAUGAGUGAUGAAGCCACAAUCAAAGCAACUCCUCAUGAGCUGGAAUUAUACGAAAAGCUAGUAAACAGUCAUCUGGGUUACCAGUUGUCGCACGAGGAAAAAGAAAAACUAAGCAGACUAAUUGAACCAACAACUUGGUCGCAGUAUUUUAUCGAUGGAUUUUACUGGUGGGCUACGGCAGGGUACAUGAAGCCAUCAUAUCAUGAACCAGAGGAAGAGUUAGAGACAGAGUUAGAUCGUGACAACCUCGAAAUCGUCUUGUCUUUAGUUGGUUAUUUUCACGGCAGAAUAUCGCUGCUAUACGAAUCACUCAAGGAGGUCGUGGAGACGUGUGAUGAGGAAAUCGUGACUGUUUCCCCAGUGUUUCUCUCCGCAAUCUCAUUUGACUGUUUUAGUGCACGAGAUUACGAUUUUCUUGAUUGUAUUUGCCGAAAAUGGUUCAAUAAACCUUUACAGGUCAAAAGUGUGGAUUGUAGAAUUAUAUGUUGA